GUGUCUCCUUCCCUUGUCCCCAGGGUUCCUGCCAGUGUCCGGAUCCUCUCCUCGCUGUUUGUCAUGCUGGCUGUGUUCCUGGUGAUCACGGUGCUGGUGAAGGUGGACACCUCUGCCUGGACCACUGCGUUCUUUGCCCUCACCAUUGCCUGUGUGGCUGUCGUCAGCAGUGCCUCGACCAUCUUCAGCAGCAGCAUCUUCGGCGUCAGCAGCUGCUUCCCCAUGCGGAACCUGCAGGCACUGCUCUCAGGUCAGGCCAUGGGUGGCACUUUUUUUCUGAUAGACCUGGCAGCCGCGGCCGAUGUUACUGACAGCGCCUUGGCCUACUUCCUCACCGCUGACAUCUUCAUCGUCAUCUGCAUCAUGGUGUACCUGCUCCUGCCCCGCCUGGAGUACUCCAGGUAUUACCUGAGCAGCCAGAACGAGAGUCCAUCCCUGGCCACUGUGCCACCCAACAGCUCCGCAGAGGAUGAGGCAGAGCCAGGAGGCACCACGAAUCCCUCCUCCCUCACAAAGAGUGCUGCCAUCCCCCCUCUCCGCCCCAUCCUGCAGAAGACUGCCCUUCUCGGCUUCUGCCUCUUCUACAUCUUCUUCAUCUCCAUCAUUAUCUUCCCUUCCCUCUCCUCCAACAUCGAGUCAGUCAGCAGGUCCUCGGGAAGCCUUUGGAGCACUAAAUACUUUGCACCACUCACCAGUUUCCUCCUGUACAACUUUGCUGACUGGUGUGGGAGGCAGAUCACGGCCUGGAUCCAGGUGCCUGGCCCCAAGAGCAAGCUGCUGCCUGCCCUCGUCCUCCUCAGAACCAUCUUCCUCCCUCUCUUCAUCCUCAGCAACUACCAGCCCCGCUCGCACAUCCGGACGGUGGUCUUCAACCGAGACCUCUACCCAGUGAUCUUCACGGCACUGCUGGGGCUAAGCAAUGGCUACCUGGGGACACUAGUCAUGGUCUACGGCCCCAAAAUCGUGCCAAAGGAGCUGGCCGAGGCAGCAGGGGUGGUGAUGACGUUUUACCUUGUGCUGGGGCUGGCUGUGGGGUCUGCCUGUGCUGUUUUUGUGGUCCACCUUGUGUAG